AUGGGUGGUGGAGACCUGAACUCUAAGAAAUCAUGGCAUCCAAAUACUAUGAAAAAUCAAGAACGGGUUUGGAAAGCGGAAAAAGUAGCUGCCGAAGAGAAAAAGCGUAUACUGGAAUUGCAGCAAGAACGUGCCCAAGAAAAAGAUCGUCAGGAACUUAAUGAACUGGCAAGAAAAAAUGCAGCAAAUAAUUCAGAUAAUCGUUUGGAUUGGAUGUAUAAUAAACCUGAUAAACAGGUUCAACAUGAGGAAUAUCUCCUCGGUAAAGCUAUUGACAAGAAUUUUGAGCAACAUGGAAAACCAGAGCAUAGUGAAAUUCCAGCAGUUGCUCGUAGAGUCGUGGGCUCAAGCAUGCUGUCAGCAGCUAGUGAUGUCCAAGUUGAUUUAGUUCGUAAGAUACGUGAGGAUCCACUACUGUUGCGUAAAAAGCUUACUGAGCUGUUACGUAAAGAACAAGAGCAGAAGAAAGGACAUAAGGAAAAAAAGAAACACAAAAAGAAGGAUAAAGAUUUAGAUAACAUGUUAGCAGCAAAACUUACAGCAUUGAGUUCUAACAAAAUUGAUUUGGCUAAACUUUUAGAGUCAGAUGAUUCUUCUGAUGACGAUUCCUCAGUAGAAGAAAAGUCUAAGAAGAAGAAAAAGAAAAGUAAAUCAAAAAACAAAAAUAGUGAUAAAUCACGUAAAAAGAAUAAAACAGAAAAGUCUAAGUCUAAGAAGCACAGAACCAAAAAUGACAGUUCUUCUGAUAGUGAUGAAAGUAUAGAUACUGGUCAAAAACAUAGUAGAAAACGUAGUAGUUCUGGAGAUAAUGAGUCCGUACCACAUAAUAAAAAACACAAAAACGACAGUCCUGAACAAUAUUCACCUGAUAACAGACAAAAUAUUAGGCAUGAACCUCAAUAUAAACGAUAUUAUGACUAUGAAGCGAAUCAAACACAAUUUAAUAAGAUAAGUAGAGACAGGAAUGAAGAUAAAUAUAGACAUCACAGUGAAGCACAAAGUAAUAGAGAAACAAAAAGAUGUAGCCCUAUCAGAAAGAUGAAUAGGAAUGAGAAAUCAAACGAACAAUCAAGAAGUAAGAAGGGCCUUAGUGAUGCAGAAAAAGCAGCCAGAUUAGCUGAAAUGGCUGCAGCUGGAGCUGAAAGAGAAAUACAAAGGGGGCGCCGUGUUGCAGAACAAAAAGAAGAAAAUAAAGCAGCUGAAAAGGCUUCAGCUUCACGGAUGCCAUCACGGAAUGAAGCAAGGGCUAUUCCAGACUCACUAGAAAGUCGAAUCCACUCAAAUAGACAUUACAUUCAACGAAGUGAAAAACACAUGAGCGAAAACUUUGCAAGACGGUGA